AUGUCGGACGUUGAAGUGCGACGGAUGCCGUUCGAAGGCAACAACCCCGGCCCGUCCACUCAUCGAGGUUCCCCUUUUUCCGUCUUUUCCGGAAGUUCUUACGUUGUAAUUGGUUGAUAAGUACAGUUUUUGCAGUUCAACUUGGAUUCUUACUUGAUUGAAAAGUUUGGAAAUUUUUUGGAGUUGAAUAAUAUUUGCAUCGAUACCAUUGUUUGGUUGUACCGACCUUCUAAUAGGUUGAAAAAUGCAUUUUUGUAGAUUUAAUUAAUAAUUAUUGCUAUAUUAUUGCGAAAAAUAUUGAAAAUUUAUGGAGCGGAAUGAUAUUCGGAUCGAUACGAUAUUUUGGUUGUUGUGACCUUCUAAUAGAUUGAAAAAUGCUCUUCUUGCAGAUCAGUUUAUUGUGCCCAGUCGCGCUUGUAAGCAUAGAUAAUUUCUUCGAAAAAAAAAAUCGAGGUUUCCUUUUUUAGGUCAUUUGGAAGUUUCCACCUUCUCACAGGUAGCGAAAUACCGUUUUUGCAGUUUAGCUUCCUGCUUGAAUCAAGCUUGAAAUAGUUCAAAUUCAUGAUGCGUAGUAACUUUCGAAUCACUUGUUCUCAUCUCUUUUUUGAAAGUUCCGUCCCCUUUGGCGAUUUCGAGAGAAUGGUUCCAGAAUCAGAAUCGAGCUCGCCGAGCAUCGCCGACUCGAGCGACAUCCUCAAGAUGCUAAGCGACCCCAACAACAUGUUUGGUGAGAAUCAUCGCCAUUUUUCAAGAAAAUGAAAAAAAGUAUUGAAAGCCAAUUGGGAAAUCGAGGUUUUCCUACAUUUAUGGAGUUGGCCUUCCGGUCAAAUUCAAGUCAUAAUGGGAAGAAAUCAAGAUUUGAGCUUUCAAUUUUUUUUUUAGUUUUUGGGAAUAGAUCUCUUCGUUCCAUUGAAAAACUAGCAACUGAACGAGGACUGGAAAUAGUUCCCAAGCAGAAGUUUCUAUUCGAAAGUACCAAAAUGGGAACACUUCAGCUGCACUCGAAGGCCCAAAAACACCGCUGGAACGGUAUUUGGCGGCCGGGCUUGAGGAAGCGGCCGCCAGUGGAUUCCCGGGCGAUCCCUCGGGACUCCCUUUCGGCGAUUUGUCCGCUUUUGGAGCUUUAAGGUUGACUAAUUCAGAAACCAUAGACUCCUUGAAUUUUUUCAGAAACACCUCAAAGACCUUGAAAUGUCCCAAAUGCAACUGGCACUAUAAAUAUCAGGAGACUUUGGAGAUCCACAUGAAGGAGAAACACGCCGAAUGCGAUGUGAGUUUGAGAAAAUGGCGGUUUUUUGAAGGAUUCGUGCUCCGAGGGUAAUAGAUUUAUUGGAAGAAGAAUAUCGAAAUGAUGUUGAAGUUUUUCUUUUCUUUCAAUUUUUUUGAAACUGUAAAGUUCAGUUUCCCCCCAAUUUUUUGGUUAAACGGAGAAAAAAAGAAGAUAAGAUUGGAAAGUCGAAAAAAAUGAUUCGAAAAACUUCCAGAAAAAUCAAUAUUUUUUUAAAAAUAAUUUUAACUUUUGGAUUGCCGUAUCGAGGUACCGAAUAAAAAAAUAAUCAACGUAUAAAACUGCAUAAUUCCUUAAGUUUCAAGAAAAAAAGGCUCAAAAUGGCUUAUUUUAACGUUUUUUUUGAUGGUAUCAAUUGGGUUUGAGGUGUUUUUUUUUUUCAAACAAAAAGUGGAAAAUUUGCAGGUCUAGAAUUUCUAGCGUGAUACUUUACAAAUUAUUAGCCAAUAUCCAGAAAAUUAUUGAUGGGAAAGUAAAAUAGACUUCCUUGAGGGAGUUUGAAAAAGGAAAUGGCGCGAAAAGGCUCGCGUCGCGGUCGCGCAGAGUUUUUUCGCGCUUUUAUCUAUUUAUUUAUUCUCUGAAUUGGAGCGCCAAAUGGGCGCCACAACUCUUUCUCUGACACACACUAUUUCGUCGUUAUCUAGCUGCGAGAAAACGACGAAAUAGUGUGUGUCAGAGAAAGAGUUGUGGCGCCCAUUUGGCGCUCCAAUUCAGAGUUCUGCGCGAAAAGAAAAGUAAAACCAUCUUUAAUUCCAAACAUUUUCUCAGUUCAUAUGCAAGAAGAAGGGUUUUCUGUUCCUCAAGGCUUUUUUAAGAAGGUUAUAUUUUAGGAUUCAUUUUCUCUGUGCGAUUUCGAAUUAUCUUUCUUUCAUUUCGAAUCUACAAAGCUCAACAUCUCGAUUUUGUGAAAAAUUACAGAGAAAAAAAUUUUUUUGAAUACUUUUUGUGUUUUUUUAGCCAUAUUUUUUUGAAAGAAAGUAAUGGUUGUCCAAAUGUUGCUUGAAGGACAAAUUUUUCAAGCUUUUAUAAAAAAAUUUGAAAUAAUAAAACUUUGAUAACACUGAAAAACGAAUCUUGGCUUUGAUAACUUUCUCAAAUGUGCCUUUGAAAAUCUCAUUUUUUUUAACGUCGUAACUACAAAAAAAAAACCGGUAUUUCAAAUAACAGCAUGAACUUGUACAUUUUCUUGACUUGCUUAUUUUAGAUGUACAGUUCACCUUUUUGAUCAAGAAAUUUGAGGUCAAAUGCACAUAUUGCGUCGAAAAUCGACCGCAUCCAAAGUUGGCGCGUGGCGAAACCUAUUCGUGUGGCUACAAACCUUACAGGUACCUUUUUCCCUUUUCUGCAGGACUAAAUUUCCAAUUUCAGAUGCGAAAUAUGCAAAUACAGCACAACGACGAAGGGAAACCUCAGCAUUCAUAUGCAGAGCGAUAAGCAUCUCCAUGCCAUGCAGGAACUGCCGAACAAUAUCGGUGAGUUCCGAGGCCGCGCCAAGCGUGUGCUUCCGUGGCGCAAUAGGCAGCGCGUUCGGCUGUUAACCGAAAGGUUGGUGGUUCGAGCCCACCCGGGAGCGAGAUCCUUUUUGCCAAUUUUUACUGCAGAUCGGCAUUUUGUUUUGAUGAUUUCGAUACGCUAUCAGAAGAAAAAAAACUUUCACGUUUUACAUUUUGUCUCAAUUUCAAAAAAAAUAUCAUUGCGAAAAGCCUUUCAAUAAGCUUAAAAAUCAUUCUUUUCUCUCUAGGACUCGAACCAGCAAUAUUUCCAGUCAUGAAAAUAAAAUCAAAACAUUCGACUAUUCUUCACAAUUUAAUAAUUUCAGCCAACUUUCCAUGUGCUCCAAUGUCAAGAUGCUCGCCGAUCCAAGAAAACGACGCGAAUUAUCUUUGUCUGGUGUGUGGCUUCUUCGCCACUGAUUCCUUGAAGGAAAUCGUGGAGCACGCGGAAAAAGUAUAUCACCUUAAGAGGCCUCUCGAGUAUUUCUUAUUUUAGGAUCGAUCCCGCCCGGCUCAAGGCGAUAUUUUGCUGAACAACGGCUCGUACCACUGCAGACUCUGUCCCUACAAUACCACUUUGAAGGCCAAUUUUCAACUUCACACGAGGACUGAUAAACAUCUGCAGAAGGUCCAAGCGGUUAGUUUUUUUUUUUUUGAGGUUCUAAUUUCAGAAGAAAAGAGCUUAAAGUUCCAAUAAACCCGAGGAACAUUUAUAGUUUCGGAUUGAAAUUAGUCGAUAAAAUUGCCUUCAGAUCUUUUCUGACCCCUGAUUUAAUAUUGGAUUUAUAUUUUUUUCCAAAGAGUAUAAAAAAAUGAAGAGAUAUCUAGAAACUGAAGAUAGUUUUUUUCUGCCUGAGCGUCUCCACUUUUUGAAUAAUCUCAUGUAUAAAAAGAUUGAACGAGAUAGCGUGCAAAACGUGUAGAGAUCCAGACACUCCGUGGUAUUGUUAUUUGCCUGGCUCUCUCAUCUUUGCACUAUCUCUAGCCUUUUUUGUAGUUUUAAUUAAUUUCUUUGCUAGAAUAUGUUAUCAUAAGUGUUUCAUCGAGCAUCAACUGACCUCAGGAUGAGAGAUUUUUCUAGAAAUUUAAUUUUUUGAAAAGAUGAAGUUAAUAAUUGUAGAUAAACUUUGGUUUGAUUGAUCAGCGAUCAAGCUUUUUAUAGUUUUUCAGAGGAGUACAGGGUCUCACCACGAAAAGUGUUAUUUUGAGGCCUUUCUCCUUCCAAAACAUCACCAAAUCUUUCUGAAUCACCAUAGUUUUUUCCAAUUUCUUCACAGGCUUUUCUCGAACUUUCAUAUGUUCCAGUUAUGUGGGAACAGUGUAAGACGGUGAUAAUAUGCAGGAAAUUCAUCGAAAGAAAGUUUGCAUAUGAAUAUGUUGUGGCGGCACGUCGUUUUGACGUCUUUUCUCACGAUCCAACUUUUAUUUCUUUCUGUAACGGCCUCCGCCCGGCCGCUCUUUCAAAAAUAUAUUCCUCAAUCGUAUACUCCGUUUUAUGUUGUUUAAUUUUUUAUUUGGGGAAAGAAAUUUUGUUCGAAAGUACAGUACUCUUGAAAAGAUUCAGGAAAGAAUGAUGAAAGCCUGAAAAAAAAAAUAAUAAUUCGAAACCACUUGGGGUUUCCAAUUUUUUUAAAAAUUAGUUAAUGAUCUCAUCAAUUAUCUGGUUAACUUUUGGAAGCCUAAUAUGGGCAUAAUUCAUGCCGUACAAGGGAACUGUUUUAAAGCUUCAGGAAAUUUUUCGAGUUUUACAUUUUAAUUAAUAAAAAUUUUUUUAUUAUCGACUUUUUAAGGAUGAAAAACUUUUACAUAAGAUUGGCUGAAAAGGCUAGCCAUGGAUAUUGAAGUUUGAUCAAAAUCAAUUGAUUGAAUAAAAACCUUAUGGCCGCAUUCAGAAUGGUUCAGAGCGUUGCGGUCGCGCUGCGAUCUAUGAUAUAACUUCGAAAAAAGGCUGUCCAGGCCAAAGUUUCUGAUGUCCGCGAGCGCAAGUCGUUUUGUGGUCGGAUGAAUGUUUAUGAUAACUGUAUUUGGUUAUUAUAAAAGUUGCUUCCGACCCCGUUCGCGAUGCUGGCAAGCGCAAGCCGUUUCGUGGUCGGAGGAACUUUUAUGAUAACCGUUUUGCAAUUAUCAACCAUUCCAAGUGCGGUCAACUUUUUUUGAAAUCACAAUUUUUUCAAGCCGUAGCUCUAGUAUUUCCUUAUCUCAGGGCUCAAUUUUCGAUUUAACUUUUUAGAAUCCGUUUUCAAAGUCCGCUAAAGUAUCCCAUUGAGAAUGCAAAACUUCAAAAAGCGGCCUGAUGAUUUUUUUCAAACUUCGUGUCAAGACCUUAAUCUCCGUUGUUUGUAAUCAAUUUGUGCAGCGAAAUGAGCGAAAUGGGUCCCGAAAUAUGGUAAUGAAAGGCGGCGGCUCGUCUUUUUUCCGAUCCCAUUUCGCUCUCCUUCUUGUACAAACAGUCGAGUUCUCGCCCAAUUUCAGCCAUUUUUUUUUUGAUUUCCACCGCCUUUCCCAUGAAUAAUUUGCCUGACACACUCCUUGAUCAGUGUGCUCUCUCGGCUCCUUGUCGGCGUCUUAUUACGGUAUGAGCCAUUUGCCCAUUGGGCAAAUAGUCUUUUCGACGCCGACUUUUUAUGGCUUCUUAUUUUUUGGAAGACCAUUUUUUUGGAGUUUAGAGCCUUGAAUUUUGAGUUUUUGGUUUUUUUCUCUCAAAACGUCUCUGUGAGUCAAUUUUCGAAACUUGAACCUUUUUACCCUUAACAUGAGCAAUACAUAUUUACCGUGAGUCAUUCUAUAAUAUGAGCAAUGAUUUCGAAGCACGGUAUUUUUUUGCGGAAUUUUUUUAUUUCAUCUGAGAAGUGUACCGAGGUGAGUUUUGAAUUUUCGGACAAAUUUUUUUCAAAAUUGAGCAAUCUUAUUUUUUUUUACGAUCACAGGCCUUUUUUGCAAGAAAAAAGUUUUUUUUUGGAAGUUUUAAAGCCAAAGGCUUUUUUAGAAUGAGCAAUAUAAUUUUGACAUACAAGAAGGUUCAUUUUUUCGUAAAAUUAAUUAGUGACAAACUUCAUUUACAGAAGAUUUAUAAUUAAGGUUUUUUUUUUCUUUGAUUCUUGAAGUUAGCCAAGCGGAUAUUAAUACAGUUUCCAAACAAAAAAUGUUCUCAUUGCUUUUCGUCUCAAAAUUUUUUUUUGUUUUUAUGAGCACUUAAACAUAUGUCACAUUCCCACGGGAACCCAGCAAAAACCAUUUUUUUAUUUUUUGUUUAAACUCGUCGGCAAAAUUUGAAAACAUAUCAAAACGGCCUCCCACCUCCCACCCACACACACGCAUUUCAUACGACCACCGUAGCCCUUUGUUUUUUUCCCCCUUUUUUGUAUAAUUUUCAUUGCUUUCCAAUUUCUGUAUGGAACUAGUACUAUUACAAAGAGCGGAAAUGAAAUUGAAACGAGCAAAAAAAAAAAUCUAAUAUCCAUAAUGCGAAUCCCAAGUCUUAAGUUUAAAAGAUAAGAGGAUUUCUCGGGAUUGUAGAAAUAUUCAAAAGGAUAUUAAAAAUUUCGAAACUAAGCCCCUUGGCUGUGCAGCUAAUGCGACACACACCGGCUUGUCCCGAAAAAUUAAUCUCUGAAUUUCUUUCCGAUUUAGGAUUAUCCAGGGUUUUUCCGUCUUGUUUUAUCCAUCUUGACUUGAUGAUCUGCAAAGUUUUAACAGGGAGAAAUUGUGAAACUUUGAUGAUGAAAUUUCCAGGAAAAAUUCUUUUUUUCUGACACAAUACUUUCCACAAGUCAUGGGACAUUUGCAUAUGAAUUCAUGAAAAAUUUUGAAUUUCUAUGGUUUUUGGAGUACUGUAGGGAAAAUAGAUAAUCUCAGAAGGUUUAGUAUAUUUUACAGUGUUUUUUAAACCGUUAUGUAGCGUUUUGAAGCGGAAAUCGAGAUAGAAAUAGUGUGAAACUUGUCAAAAAUAGGAAUGAAGUAUUUUGAGCCCUUUUUCGGGUGCUUCUCAUGAAGAGGGCGUUGAUUUAAGAGCUGUAAGACACAUUUUCAAACUUACGACUGGGAAAAGCUUCAGUGGCCACUUAAGUGGUUUCUCAAAGAGAGGACACUAAAGUGGUCACUGGGACCACCUCGAUAGAUGCCACUACUUUGCGUCAUAGUGGCCACUAGAGUAGUUUGAAUGGUCUGGUAGUACCGCUUAGGCUUCUAAAGAGGUCACUUCACUGGCUUCUAAUUUGACUACUAUAGUGACCACUUAAACUUCAAAACCCUGAAGUGAUCACUCAAUUUUUUUUUUACUCAAAAUUAAAACUUGUUUCUUCUUGACCCACCAAUUUGAACCCCAAAAGGGGACCAAAAUCAAUGAAACUCUCACCCCAAGAAUUGGAUCAAAUCCUUAAGGGCGCCAAGUGCAAUUACCAUUCUAUUUGUCAAAGCGACAGUGUUUGAACAACAACACCGGCCCGAUCGUCGGUGACGGCGCGACAAAAGACGGCAAACAGAACAAUCGCGCGUGA